CACAUCCCCUGCAGAGCCCUCCUCCAGACCAAUGCUCCCUCCCAGCUUGAUGUCAGCCCUGCAGCCCCAGCGGCACCACGGCAGGGCCGGCCCGCAGCUCCGCACAACCCGGUGUUGUCCCAGUGUUAUCCCGGUGUUUUCCUGGUAUUGUCCCACUGCUACCCCAGUGUUAUCCCGGUAUUGUCCCGCUGUUAUUCCAAUCUUAUCCCCGUGUAAUCGCGGGGCCGCUCCGGGCGGGACUGGGGGCGGAGCCUAACCAUCAGACCACGCCCAGACCACGCCUCCACAAAGCAUCUACCCAAUAGGAGUAGGCGUGGCCGCGGCGGGGGCGUGGCUGUAGUCUGUCCCUUCCCCCCCUCACGCCGUCCCCCACCGGCGCACGACGCCGCUGCGGCCGCUGAGGCGAUGUGGCGCAGCGCCGGCCUCGCUGGCGACGCGCAGAAGACUGAGACCAAAGAGGAAUUCGUUAAAGUUAGAAGGAGGGAUUUGGAAAGGCUGACAACUGAAGUUAUGCAACUGCGGGAUUUCUUACCCAAAAUAGUAAAUGGAGAUAUCCUGGGGACAUUCCAGAAGCUGGAUGCUAUUGAAUCAAGCCUGGAGAAGAAGGAGGAGGAAAUAGAGCAGCUGAGGAUGGAUUGUGAACACUUUAGAGCCCGUUUGGAAACGGCCCAGGCAGAUUGCAUGAGAGAGAAGAAGGAGAAACUGGACCUGCGGCAGCAGCUGAACGAGGCCAAGCAGCAGCUCCUGCAGCAGGCAGAGUAUUGCACAGAGAUGGGAGCAGCAGUGUGCACCUUGCUCUGGGGGGUGUCCAGCAAUGAGGAGGCUGUGAAGUCCAUUCUAGGAGGAAGUAAAGCAGUAAAGUUUUUCACAAUCACUGCCCAGACCAUGGAGAGCUUUGUGAAGUCAUUAAGUGAAGACAUGAAACAGCAGGAUUUGGAUUCUGAGGAAAAUCAGUUUGUAUUAGCUUUGGCAGGGAUUGUAACAAAUGUGGCUGCGCUGGCGUGUGGCCGUGAGUUCCUGGUCAGUUCCAGUCGGGAAUUACUGGACACGAUGAUGCAUCUCCUGGGAGACAUGAAGCCAGGACUCUGUAGCAAAUUUAAAGUGCUAAUGCUAAUGUCACUUUACAAUGUGAGUAUCAACUUGAAAGGCUUGAAGUACAUCAGUGAAAAUCCAGGUUUUAUUCCCCUGCUUUGGUGGCUGUUGAAUGUUACAGCAAGGGAGGAAGAUUCUCAGAUAAAGCAGUUCUGCAGGUUCAGAUUCCUGACUUCAGAGGAAAUCUGCUUUCUGUCAAGAGAGAGCUGCCUGGUUUGGAUAUCAGAUGAGGGGUCAGAUCCAAGACCUGAUCUUGUUCCCAUCAUUUUGUGUGAGAUCUCUGCAGUUUUCCAACAUUUAAUCUAUUUCUAAAUGUCUCUGCUCUGAAAAUUCAGCAGCUUCCUCCCACUCUUGCUCAUCUCCUGUUUCCCUGACCAGCAUCUUCAGGUUCUGCUAGCCAAGAUUCAGCUCAUAAACACCUGGAGCUGCUACAGUAUAAGGUCCUGUUUUUCCAUGCAGGAGAGUAGAGCACUGCCCUGUGCUGGCAGAGUAUCCUGGAUGUGCUGCCUCCCUUCAGGAAGCUUCUUCAAGGCCUGUUUUGAUUAAGGCUUAUGACAUGACAGCUUUCCAGUUAUGUAUGCUUUUGUCACUAUUCCCACUAAGAGAAGCCCCAGAAAUCAUCCUCUGAAUUUUUUUUAAAUUAUUUUCAGAAAAUCAUCCUGUUUGCUUUUCCAUUGUCAAUCUCCAAAUGUCCAUGACCUCAGCCUGUACAUCAGGCCCAUCUUUCUCCCACUGCCUUGUAUGCAGCUGAUAACUCCCUCAAAUUCCUUCCCUGAAUUCUUAGUCUCUGCCUAUCCUUGUUCCCUGAAGAAGAAUGUCCUUCCCAUUAAACGAAGAGAGGAAAAUAAUUGGCUUGAUUUUCUUUAUUUCUCUUUGUUGUAUCUGAGACAAAGAGGAAUUUGAUUCAAGUUGUCUCACAGCAUUUUUGAAGAGACAGAAAUGUGCCUCGAUGUUGAAUACACCAAUUGGAAAAGAAAGAAGGAAAAAAAAUCUAAUAAAGGUUCCAGUGGAGUAAGAAUGUUAACAGCAAACUGUCCUACUGUCUUUGGGAAACUUGGAUGAGCUGGUGUGACUUCAUGUUCACUAAGAAGAAUUCUUAAUAGCUCUUUUUGCUGGAAAAGAUCAUAGGAGAAAACCAAAUGUUUCUACUGCUAUUGGGGAAUACCAAAUGUUUGACACAAUUUUUGAAGAUAAUACAGGUAUCUGUAGUUUUCUCACUUCAUGAGGUGGGCUUUUUCUUCUUUUUUUUCUGCCUUUGUAAAACUUUCUGAAAGAUGGACACCCUUUAUUAACCAACACUGCUCACUGAAUCCUCUGUGUAGGUAUCAGCUGUGCCUGCCUACACCUUCCCAGGCUGGCACCAGCAUAAAGCACAUGAGUGAUGACUCAGAUUUCUGUCCAUGGAGCAGCUUGUGGGAUCAAUAGAGUUCUCUUCUUGUGGAGCACCAUUUGUUUGCAGAGCAGCUGUUCCCAUCUUGGACAAAAUAGGCAGCUUUAGUUUCCUCCAUCAGCUGCUGUCCUUGUGUUGGUGUCCUGGCUGAGGGUUUCACAUAACUUUCAGAUUUAAAGAAGCCCUGUCCUCAGCCACAGAAAAAGAAGCCUGUAUCAUAUUGGGUAGAAAUCCACCUGAGAUUUGUCAGUAUUUUUUUUUCUGGUGUUUUCCAUCUAAAGAUGCAAUAAGAUCUCCAUUCUGUAACUCUCAAAGAAGUGGAUUGGAACAUUACUCUGUCAAGGAUCUCUUGAAGAAUAAGAAAUAACAAUCAGCUCAGGUAUUAAUAAUAAAGACUAAAUUUAAUGGUUUUUGGUUUUGAUCAUGCAGAACAUCUGCCAACAAAUGAGUGCUGGAGAAAAAUAGACUCUUCUCUGCUUUCUGUUUGGUUGAGGUUUUUUGAUUGGUUGUUUUUUUUUAACACUGUGUGUCUUUAUUUUGGUUUUUUCCCCACUUUCCUUUUCUUUGAAUGCAGGCAGUUUAAAAAAUUUGUCUCUUUGGAUACUUGAGAAAGCAUGGAAUUCAGAGACACUUUGUCAGUGACAUUUCUUGUCCAUAGCUGGGAAAUUGCUCCAGGUACUUCAUUAAACAAAACACAAAAAGAGAAAUAGGGCUAAUUUUAGAUCUUGCCCUUCAGUUUCCUCCACCACAGUUCCAUGUGGAAAUCCAACCUUGUUUAUCCAAAUUCUUUGCAAAUGAUGGUCUCUAUUAGAAAUGCUUGUAUGAAGCACAUUCUCACUCUGCUGCCUACACCCUCAAUAUUUGCUUUUCAUUACUAACUCUGAAGGUUUUCUGUCUG